AUGAUCUUUACGAUCGGCUCCAAUCAUCUUGAAGGCACUGAAGCGAAUGACUUGAGCUGGAAAGCAUGCUUGGGGAGAAGCGUUCUGGGGUACUAUGAGAACAACCCGGUUGAAGAGGUUCGCAAUCGUGAAGAUUUUGCCGGUCCGAUCGAACACCCGACCUCAGCCCGACCUCAAGUCAAGCUACCAGGACAUUGGGAGUCGACCGAUGCUACAACGGUCGAAGGAGGAGGAGGAGGAGGUCUGAAGGAUGGCGAGAUCGAUGAUGCUGUUCAAUUAGACGGAACGGACCUUGGGGACGUAGAGUUGGAAGACCUAUUGGAGUUGGAAGAGGAAGAUGGAAAAUUGAUCGUUGACACCUCAGUGAAUGAGGAGAGCUUGGCGGACUUCCUCAGGAAUGCUCCUCCACCACCACCUGAACCGACUUCGGUACAAGGUGGGCCUCAACGCCCAAGCUAUGAGCCAGCUGAGAUUCUUACUCACGAGUGGAACAAAUACCGUGACACUGUCAUUGCAACCGCCGGAGUCGAUCAACUGAUCCGAAACUUUUACUGCUUCUACAAGCAGACAGGUCAAAGGUAG